AUGUCUCUGCCUUUUGUCGUGAACAACACGGCCAAGACGCCGCUGGGCCGCUACCGGCUGCUGUCGCCCACGGCGUCGGUGCGUGUCAGUCCGCUGUGUCUCGGCGCCAUGAACUUUGGCGAUGCCUGGAAGGACUACAUGGGCGCCUGCGACCAGAAGAACACCGAGGAGAUUCUCGACUUUUUCUACGAGAGCGGCGGAAACUUUAUCGACACGGCCAACAACUACCAGAACGAGGAGUCGGAAAAGUGGAUUGGAGAGUGGAUGAAGAAGCGUGGAAACCGGGACCAGCUGGUGCUGGCGACCAAGUACACGGCCUGCUUCCGGCCAGGCCGCACCGACGAGAUCACGGCCAACUACGCGGGCAACAGCACCAAGAGCCUGCACGUGUCGGUCAACGCGAGCCUGCGGAAGCUGCAGACGGACUACCUCGAUCUGCUUUACGUCCACUGGUGGGACUACUCGACGAGCAUCCCUGAGCUGAUGCAGUCGCUCAACCAGCUGGUCGCAUCCGGCAAGGUGCUCUACCUCGGCAUCUCGGACACGCCGGCCUGGGUGGUCAGCAAGGCCAACGAGUACGCGCGCAACCACGGUCUGCGCCCGUUCAGCGUGUACCAGGGCCGCUGGUCGGCGGCCUCGCGCGACUUUGAGCGCGAGAUCCUGCCCAUGGCCCGCGACGAGGGCAUGGCCCUGGCUCCCUGGGGUGCUCUCGGCGGUGGCGCCUUCAAGACGGAGGAGCAGCGUCAGGCUCAGCAGGGCCGCGCCUCGCCGGCAUCGCCCGAGCAGGUGGCCAUCAGCCGCGUUCUCGAGACCGUGGCCACACGUCACGAUAGCCUCUUGACCAGCGUUGCCCUGGCCUAUGUCCUGCACAAGAGCCCGUACGUGUUCCCGAUCGUGGGUGGCCGCACGGUCAACCACCUGCGCGGCAAUAUCGAGGCCCUCCGGCUGCGCCUCAGCGACGACGACAUUGCCGAGAUCGAGGCUGCCGUGCCGUUCGACAAGGGCUUUCCCCACAACUUUCUCUGGACCGCCAAGGGCAACCAACACCCCCAGGACACCUGGCUGACCAGCGUCGGCGGCGUCUACGACUACGUCCCCAUGCCGAAGCCCAUCACCAUCCCCGACGAGCCGGCUGCAAAGGCCGAGUAG